GGAAUGAUGACGUUUUCAUAAAGAUGAUCGUACUGGACUUGAUGUUAUAUUGAGUUUUUAUCUGGAAGGAAGUAUUUAACGUUUAAAUUUGACCUGUGAUUUUUUUAAAUGCUUCUAAGGGAUUUGUACUAGCUUAGUUUUAGUGGUGGAAGUUGAUUAGAUCAGAGACAUUUGAUUAGAUCCAAAAUUGGCAAAAAAAACCAAAAAAAAACUUGUUGAAUAGGAUACAGAUUUGUUGCUGAGGAAGAUAACAUCAUGUGCCAUCAAAUUAUUUCCUAGCAUUUCUAAGCCUCCCAAAUCGGAACUUGAAAUGGAGAAGUUUGUCGUCUGUUUAUUUCUACUUUCACUCUUCCUGAGUCCAUCUAGUGCGACCUGUAACGGAGAAUCUGAGGAGUGUGCUGGUGGAUCUAAAGAAGAGGGGUGUGGCUGCUCCGUCAGUCGAGAUUCUUCAAAAUACUCAGAAAAAGAACCUUCCAUUGAUAAAACUGAGGAACAAAUUAUUGACAUUGAUGAUCUUGCGAGGACCAAUGAGAUGGUAUUUAUAGAGCGAGGGACAUUUACGAUGGGGACCAAUGAUCCCAUCUUCCCUGUGGAUGGAGAGAACCCAGCCAGAAAGGUGACAGUGGAUUCAUUUUAUCUGGAUAAACAUGAAGUUAGCAAUGCGGAGUUUCAGAGAUUCGUAGAGGAAACAAAUUACGUGACAGAGGCAGAAAAGUUUGGAAAUUCCUUCUGUCUGGAGAAAUAUGUUAGUGAAGAAACUUUAAAGAAUGUAACACAAUCUGUUGCUGCAGCCCCCUGGUGGGUUCCUGUGAAUGGUGCAGAUUGGAGACAUCCUCAGGGGCCAGAUUCAUCCAUUGAAGACAAAAUGAACCAUCCAGUCGUACACGUGUCAUGGAAUGAUGCUGUGAAAUAUUGUGAGUGGGCCGGGAAGAGAUUACCAACUGAGGCAGAGUUUGAGCGUGCUUGUAAAGGCAAUCUUCAGUCAAGGCUUUUCCCCUGGGGAAAUAAAGAGGAACCCAAAGGGAAACAUUGGAUGAACAUCUGGCAUGGAAAGUUUCCCUCAGAAAACACGGCCAACGAUGGCUACCACACCACAGCUCCUGUAACAGAAUUUCCAGAACAAAACAUUUUUGGUGUUAAGAAUAUUAUAGGAAAUGUUUGGGAGUGGACACAGGACUGGUGGGAGACCAAAUUUACUCCUACACCCAAGAAAAAUCCAAAGGGACCAAGGAUUGGAACAGAUAAAGUGAAGAAAGGAGGAUCCUUCAUGUGUCAUAAAAAUUACUGUUACCGCUAUGUUGUCUGUACAGAAUUACUGUUACCGCUAUGUUGUCUUUACAGAAUUACUGUUACUGCUAUGUUGUCUUUACAGAAUUACUGUUACCGCUAUGUUGUCUUUACAGAAUUACUGUUACCGCUAUGUUGUCUAUACAGAAUUACUGUUACCGCUAUGUUGUCUAUACAGAAUUACUGUUACUGCUAUGUUGUCUUUACAGAAUUACUGUUACCGCUAUGUUGUCUUUACAGAAUUACUGUUACUGCUAUGUUGUCUUUACAGAAUUACUGUUACCGCUAUGUUGUCUUUACAGAAUUACUGUUACGGCUGUGUUGUCUUUACAGAAUUACUGUUACCGCUAUUUUGUCUUAACAGAAUUACUUUUAC